AUGAAAGUUUCCAAGACAUCAAGAGCGUCGAAGCCAGUACAGCCAGUGAUGCCGACAACCGAAGAGAGGUCACAGACAGCGACGACUGAAACAAUCCCACCAUUGGUAUCGUCUACACCUGCUUUUACCCCACCGACGGCAAUUAUCCCACCAUCAGCUGCAACUCUACAAUCAACUCCAUCUACAAUCCCUAUAGCUGCUAUCCAACCGAUGCCGAAGUCGUCGGAAUCAUUCAAGCCGUCAGAAGAAGCGAACACGCCGUCCUAUCCCGAAAAACCAACUUUUGUUCAACCUAAAGCAGUUUCGCAAUCGCCCAAAAUAUCACCCUCAUCUAUUCCAAACCCAAGCCCAAGUGUUACCACAACGAAGCCAGUUCAAUUGGGUUAUACUAAUUAUGGUUGUUACAUGUACUCCGUUCCAGUAUAUUCCGCUUUUCAACCUGUCUCCUACCCAGCCAUGGUACAGCCUAACCAAGCUUCAACAAAGAGUAAUCAACCAAACUCUGCUGAAAUCGUUUAUCCCAUUGUUCAAAGCAAAGAUGGAACAUCUAUCACUAGUGAUGGAGUAACCAACGAAAAGCCAAUCCAACCACAUCACGAAGAAGAAAAAUCUCAAACUGAUUUUGAAGAACAAUUUAUGCCAAAAGUUAUACCCGCUGUUACUGAAACAAGUAACUCUGAAAGUCAUGAAAAUAGAUUAGAAACUAUAAACUCUCCUGCUCCUAUUAUAACAACAGCGUUAAAUAAAGACGCUAACAAAAAAGUAACUCCUGAACGAUAUAGUUUAAAGACAAGCAUACCGAUUAGCAAGAUAGACAUGAAGUGUGUAAGUAGCCCCUCAGAAAGUUUACAAUCUACCCUGCCGAAAAAAACAGCUUUCAAUCCAGCUUUUCAUGCACCAAAGCCGGAUAUGAAAAUGGAAAUCCAAAGCAAUGUUUUGUUGAAUGAUAAAAAUCUGGAACCUAGCGUUCCGGUAUCUACAAAUAGUAUAGGUACUCUAAUAACAGCUGCUGAAGUCAUAAAUCAAGCUGAGACUCAGUUUCGAAAGCCGGAAUCAAAACAAGAUUGCGCCGAGCAAAAUAAGGAUCAAAGCUGUAUUCAAUCUGUUAAUAGUCUACCGCCACGAACGAUAUUCAAUCCUAUAAACUUAGAAGCUAUGAAACCAAACUUCUCUCAACCGCAAGACAGGGCCCAUAACGAAAAAAAGAAUCAAAUAUUGUUAAUUCAAAAUAAAAAUUCAACAAGUCAAAAAAUGUUACUCGCAAUACAGCAACAGAAUCCACAAGCUUUGCAUCAACGAACAAGUAUCGAGCAAAAAAACUCGCAAGCUCCUUCACGACCAUCGAGCCAGACAAAGAAAUGUAAAGAAGAAGUCGUGAAUGAAAAUAGUACGUCAUCAAAAGUCGUGUCUUUAAAAAGGAUGCACCAAGAAGACUGCGAUGAAAAUGAUUUUGAAAAUCUCAUUACAGAAAAUCAAAUAUAUGGCAAUAAGAUAGUCGUGAAGGAGAAGUCUCAAGGGACAUUACAGGAGCAAGAUAUUAAAAAUAAACAAAAAAUUGAGAAAUCUAGUCAACCACAAACUAAUAACGUCGUAUUCCAACCUAAUAUUGUAUAUCUAAGCAAUGUUCAGUUUCCAGCAAAUGUGAUGAUGAUAAAAAAUAAUAUUAAGAUAAAUAAUGAAUCUACUAAAAACAAUACAUCGCUUACUGAUUCUAAUCAUACUGCAGAAACACCUGCCAACACUGAUAUUAAAGUAAAACAUUCGGCUUCGAGAAAUAUACAGGACUCUAAGGAAAUUCAUGUUAUGAAAUCGAUUAAUAGUGUCGUUCAAAAAUUAGGUACCAAAACCAGUAAAGCAGAUUUGGUUUUUCAAACGCCUAAUCCCAAAGUUAUGAUGAAUCCUCAAAUACUCUGCCAAGUCCCAAUGAUAAUAGAUCGAGAUAAACUUAACCAACAUGUGCUAAGCCACGAUGGGACUAAAUGUAUAGACAGUCCCAUUGACGAUUCAAAGAAAACGGAUACCUCUAAACCCAAUGAUAAUGUAUUUAUAGCUUGCCAGGUAGAUUCCAAAUUACAACCAAAAAUUUUAAUAACGAACAUAAGGUCAAAGUCGAAGGUUAUCGAAGAAGUGAGUUCUCUUGAUCUAUACGAGAAAAGAAAGAGACUUCGUAGGCUUAAACACUUAACACAUCGUGAUGGUAAAGAAUCUAAGAAGAUGACCGGUCCGCCAGAAGAUACUACGAACAAUAUUAUAACUCCAGACAAAAUUGUAGUAGAAAUUUGUUAUGAAUUCAUUGCACAGAAAUCAGACAACGAAGAAAUUGAAAGUGAAAGUGAUUAUGAGGAUGAUGAUAUAUAUUUUUACAGUAAAAUUAUGGAAGAUUACGGGCAUACCUCUGAAAGUCACCAGGAGAAAGAAAAGUUUUUAGCAUGCUUACGUUUAGCCACGUUCAAAGAUUACGAGGAACGAGAAAUGGAUCGUAAAGAGAGAAUACUACAAAAGGAUGCUGUGGCCUCAGCAUAUAUUACUGCCGGUCGAUUGGACUGUCUUACACCAAAUGAUUCUUCGUUUUAUAAAAUUAACUCAAGUGAAAAUGAGGACAAUAAUAUUCCUAGGUUCUUAGAAGAAAACGGAGCCAUACAGCAGCAAAAACAGGCAUUUUUAGCUCGCCUUAGGCUAACGACGGUUUCGAAAAGGGAUAGAGACGGCUAUGAAAAAAUAUGGAGAGAAAUCAUUAAAGAAAGAAGACGGCGCGAAAGACCACCAGAAUCAUUUCAGACAAAACAACGUAAACUUGAAAUCGCUAAUCUAAAUCUAGAUACCAGCGGCCAAUUGAAGCUUCUAACGGAAAUUAAAAAUCAAGUAAACGAAAACAAUAAUUUGAUAAAAAAGAAAAUUGAUUCAUACACCAACGCAGGUGAAAGCAUCAAAGUUUUAGCCGAAAAGAAUUUUUCCGAAUUAAACAGACUUUCAAAAAUAGCAGACAUAAGUGUUAAACACUAUAGUGGGCAAGACGCAAGGAAACGAGAUUUGAAUCCAGGUUUCGACAGUGAAAACAUUCAAGCUGCAAGACCAAAGCUUUACACGCAUAUAAACGUACCGAACAUUUAUAAAAACCGAAUCUCAGAUGUUGAUGCAUCUAAGGAUGAAUCGAAGUGCAAUAUAGAGGAAUUUAAAGACGGUGAAAAAUUUCGGGACGCAAGCUGUCAAGCUUCAACCUCACACUGGCUAGGGUUGGAAUCCUUUAUUAAAAGCUAUAAGGAGUACGAAGCAGGUCGGUUAAAUAUGAAAAAAAUAUUAUAA